AUGAUGAAUCUUUAUACAUGUGUUGGAAAAAAAGGUAGUGGAGGUUUUGCACUGCCACACCUGAAUACAAUGAUUAUUUCCUACCGAAUUAAAUGUGGUUUAAGAACAAUUAAUAUGGUACCCAAGAUAUUGAAAUUUUAUGCUUAUCAGCACGUUGGUAUCCAAUUACGUACAUUUGCACCAUGGAUUUGGACGAAUUUAGUGCCUCAUUUUAAUCAUGAUGAUAAUUUCUUUGCUGAUGUUGCAUGCCACACUGCGAAAUGGAUUAAUAAAACUGGUGCAUUAACAAUUGAUGAUACUAUACGACAUUUUAAUGCUGAUCAUUUUUAUGAUUUACUUAAUGAUGCUAAUAUCAAUGCAGCAUCAACAAUUCUCUUUUAUCAUCAAACAAAAAUUAUUUAUCUUAUUGAUGGUUUUAAUCGAAAUGUUUUAUUACGGAAAAUUAAAUUAUAG